CGGGCGACGAUUGGCGGAGCCGGGUGUCCGUCAGGCGGCAGCGUGGUGGGGAGCGCGGCGCCGAAGAAGGUUCCAGCACAAGGCAGUGGCCGCCAUGUUGGGUAGACAAGUGGUUGUGUUGAGUCAGAACGUGAAGCGUGAAUCGGGCCGCAGAGUGCAGCAAGGCAACAUCAGCGCGGCCAAGUCUAUUGCAGACGUUAUUCGAACAUGCCUGGGACCAAGAGCUAUGAUGAAGAUGUUGCUGGAUCCUAUGGGUGGCAUCGUUAUGACAAACGAUGGCAAUGCCAUUCUGCGAGAGAUCCAGGUGCAACAUCCAGCAGCCAAGUCCAUGAUUGAGAUUAGCCGCACCCAGGAUGAAGAGGUUGGCGAUGGGACCACCUCCGUCAUCAUCCUCGCUGGAGAGAUGCUGUCGGUAGCUGAGCAGUACCUGGAGCAGCAGAUGCACCCCUCGGUCAUCAUUGGAGCUUAUCACCAGGCACUGGACGACAUGAUCACCACGUUGGAGGAACUCAGCACCCCUGUUGACAUCAAUAACCGGGAUCUGAUGCUGAAGAUUAUCAACAGUGCCAUCAACACCAAGGUGAAUAACUUGCAGCUUGACCUGGCUUGCAACAUCGCCCUCGAUGCGGUGAAGACUGUUGAGUUGGAUGAAAAUGGCCGCAAGGAAAUUGACAUUAAGAAGUAUGCCAAAAUUGAGAAGGUUCCUGGCGGCUUCAUCCAUGACUCGUGCGUGCUGCGGGGAGUGAUGCUGAAUAAGGAUGUCACGCAUUCUCGCAUGCGCCGACACAUCAAGAGUCCCCGCAUCUUGCUGCUGGACUGCUCCCUGGAGUACAAGAAGGGAGAGAGCCAGACUGAUAUUGAGAUCACUCGUGAGGAGGACUUCACUCACAUCCUGCAGAUGGAGGAAAAUUAUAUUCAGCAAAUCUGUGAGGAUAUCAUCCGUCUGAAACCUGAUCUCCUCUUCACUGAGAAGGGCAUCUCAGACCUAGCCAUUCAUUUCCUCAUGAAGGCAAACAUCACUGCAAUCCGUCGCAUCAGGAAGAGUGACAGUAACCGCAUUGCCAGGGCAUGCGGUGCACGAGUGGUUAGCCGGACUGACGAGCUGACUGAGGAGGAUAUUGGAACCAGAGCCGGGCAGUUUGAGGUCAAGAAGAUUGGCGAUGAAUAUUUUGCCUUUGUCACCGAAUGCAAGGACCCCAAAGCUUGUACCAUUCUCCUGCGUGGAGCCAGCAAGGAGAUCCUGGCGGAGGUGGAGCGGAACCUGCAGGACGCGAUGCAAGUGACCCGUAAUGUGCUGCUGGACCCUCGCCUGGUGCCCGGUGGUGGGGCUGUGGAGAUGGCUGUGGCACACACGCUGAUCGAGAAGUCUAAGACCAUGACUGGUGUGGAGCAGUGGCCUUACCGUGCAGUGGCUAACGCCCUGGAGGUCAUUCCCAGAACUCUCAUCCAGAACUGUGGAGCCAGCACCAUCCGCCUGCUCACCUCGCUUAGGGCUAAGCACACGCAGGAAGGUUGCCAGACAUGGGGAGUGAACGGAGAGACCGGGGCCCUGGCUGACAUGAAGGAACUCGGCAUCUGGGAGCCGCUGACGGUCAAGUCACAGACGUUCAAAACCUCGGUGGAGACUGCCAUCCUGUUGCUGCGCAUUGACGACAUUGUGUCCGGCCACAAGAGCAAGAAGGACAGCAACCAAGGUGGUGAAGGGGACGCUGCGUAAAACUAGCAGGGACCCGUGUGACCCAGGAGGACCAGGGCACCCCACCCCCCCAGCCCACACUCCCCGGUAUUUAUUGUUAAAGGAUGUUUGACAGGGUGGUGGAGCGGGCGGCGGGCAGCACAGCUGCUACUUCAGCUGCCCAUCAUUUCCCAUCUGUCGGUGGCCACCUGCUGCAGCUUCACCUCCCUUCUGCCCAUUGGCUUUCAAUAAAGAUUUGACCAAUUAA